AAAUAGUAAAUCGUAUGAUGUUCACUAUAAUGUGCUAGCAUGCCGAAGAGACCGCAGCGGGGCAACGCUUUCCCCGUGGGGGUUACAUCUAUUCUCGCGCAUCAAAUCAUUUGACAAAGAACUGACGCUUGCCGCCUUGCGGUUAACAACCUUCCAUCCCAUAGUACUGGGGUUCCGGCAUUGUUCAACUAUCCUUGUCAAGUAUUGACAAGGGUGCCUGUGGUAGCCAGUUUUGAAGUUAGUUCAGGGGUCACCACUUGGGAAAGGCAAUUUUGAUAUCCGUCUAUACCAAGUACGAAUCAAUCACCACGUUUUGGCAAGACGAACUGCUGACUAUCUAAUCUCCAAAAUAACAACCAUACAAAAUUAGGAAGAUGACCAUCGAGUUGCUCCGGUGUGCCGUUGCAGCACAUCUUCGAGAAGAACGAACUUCCGCAAAUAUGCGAACAAGCAUUGAUUCACGUCUCCUCAUAUUUCUCUAACGAUUCUCCAUUUCAAUCAAAGCGCUACUUACGACCCUUCGUAAUGCUUGCCUUAAGCCUGUUGACCUGAAUGACGGCCCGAUUCUGAACACCAUAUCAUGCCUCUCAUGCGUUUCCAUGCCUCCUCAAGUACGUACAGUCUUCCGAGAGCUGACGGCUGCUAUAAAUUAUGGUAGUUAUUACAAUGUCGCCAUUCCGACAUGCUGGCCCAAACAGGAAGUCUACGGAGGCUGGGCCAACAUGUGGAUUCAGAGAGUGGCGGGGAGAGCUGAGUUUCAAUAGCCAGUACUAUGGUUGAUACCUCAACUAUCAACCUCGACCAUUGAGACAGUAUUAUUUAAAUACCGAGGUGCAUGAAAAUGUGGCACAUAUCUAGGGGCUAGUCUGGGGUCGGAUUCGAAAACAUGUCUACAAAAAUAGUAUGCUUUACCAUCUUCCCGCUGCGCAGACGGAUGAAUUGAUGGGCCAGAAAUCCCCCGCCGGUAACAAGUUGAGCAAUAGCGAGGAGGUUGCGCUUUGGUAGAAAAAUAUGAUCCUUCCGUGCG